AUGCUAGGUAUCCUAGAUCUUCUAAACUCUGAGGACGCUUCCGAGGCCACCAUGAGUCAGCCUCCUCCUCCCUCAGAGUCUCACGAAUCAAGCAUGCCAGGACUGGAAGAGCUGAGCAAGUCCGGCUCCAAGUCGCCUUCCACGUCUGAUUCCAUCUCCACCAAGUCAUUUAGGGUGUCCAAACUGCUACCUCGGUCCAAAGUUCACCCAUCCCUCCUAAAGUCAAGAAAACUAGUAGACAUUGCGCUAAGGCACAAGUCUGGCUCCAAGCGCCAAGCUGGCGGCAACUUUACGCCAGAACUGGGCUCUUCCAAGCUCCAUUUGAAGCUGUUGGAGGCUGGCCUCCGUGUACGGCUCAUCUUGUGCCCUGCCAUCUACGAGUUGUUUAGGCAGCUUACUCCUCAUACCGCUGGACGAAACACAAUUGUCCACGUUGCAUUCGAUAAUGAAAAGCAGCUUCUCGCUGGUAAAGAUAUAUCGCCAGAGCUUAAAGAAGAUAGGCUCGGCCGUGGCCGCAAACAGACGUCCAACGGCUCUCUGCAUGGCUUCAGGGCUGCUCAUGGCUUUGCCAGUGGUUACAACGGUCUGUACCAGAACGGUAGUAGCGACUGGGGUUCCGACCAGCGCUCUGACCUGAUGUCUUCAAACGGUCUGGGUUUCUCCAUGGCCGACCUUAACGGUAAUGGUUCCGCCAGAAACGGCAAUAUCGAUACCAGUGUACCGCCAGACGACUUGGACGGCAAGAAUAGUGAGUCCAACGGUCUGGAUGGCGGUGACAGUUCUAGUGAUUCGUCCAGUAGCGGCUACGACGGCUACCACGACUAUUCCAACCCCUCAGACUAUUCUCAUUUACUCGGAAAGCAUCUGGUUGGCCCCAGAAAGGCCAUCCUGAAGCGUGUACGUCUCAUUGACAACAACUUGGUCAAUUUGGCUGGUGUGUCUAGCAAAGUGCUUAAAUCUUUCCAGGUCGACAAGGAACACAGAGCUCCUUCUGCUCCAUUAAGCGACGGAGUCGAGAGCGACGACUCAAGACCUGGCAUGGUUACCACGUUUAACUUGCUCGACACAGCUGUCAUGUCACUCUUUGGCACUCGCACAUACUCUCUUGUGAGAGUAACUCGUUCUUCUUCCAAUACCAGUGACGGAUCUGUCUUACUUAAGCUUGAGUGUGCCAAACCUGGCGACACAAGACUUGUGGACGACAGAGAGUUCAUGGAAGACAUGGUUGCUUCUCUUGGACGCGAGGGCCAGACGCCGAACAACCUUUUCAUCAAGAAGGUGGUUGCUCGUCCUCGUUACAAGAGUGACAUGAAGAUUUACAUUGUUCCCACGGACAAGAAGGUUCUGUUGUACGUUGAUAGAAGGGUGUUUGAAUGUGAUCUCAUCAACGGCGUUAUAGAGAUGGAUUGCCCCACCGACAGGUAUAUCUACACCACAUUCCCUGUCGACGACAUCAUUCUGGACGUACGCAACAUGCUCAACCGAAGCAACGAUCUCUCUGACCCAGAGAGCUCUGACCUGGUGCCUAACCACAUGACAGACACGAGCUUGAGCACCAGCAACCUUCACAAGUGGAACAUUCCAAUGAACGAUAUGGAGCUGUCGGUGCUGUCACCAAGCUCUUCGUCACUUCCUUCGUUGAUGUCCAACACUAACCUGUCAGGCUCCAGCGGCUCUGUUAGUCUGGGAAGUGACCCAAGCCUGGAUUCCACGCCCAAUGCAUCCGAUCGUGCCAAACUUACGUUGCUGAGCAUCCCCAAUGCCAAGAUGGAGCUGAUAGAAGAGCCGGUGGAUCUCAAGUUUGACACGUCGUAUGUUGCCUAA